AUGAGGCGCGCCGAGGGGACACGGCUGCCGGAAACAAGUCGGAAGAGCGUUUCCCAAAGUGUAUUCUGCGGAGGUUGCACCUACUGUGCCCUCAACACCGUGCCGCCUCUGGAAGAUGAUCAUGGGAAUAGCAAUAGUAGUCAUGUAAAAAUAUUUUUACCGAAAAAGCUGCUUGAAUGUCUGCCGAAGUGUUCAAGUUUACCCAGAGAGAUGCACCGCUAG